ACCACUUAGAAGUCAUCUGAGGGCAGCAGAGUCCGCGCAGAGAAGUUGAGAAAUGUUGAGCCAAGCUCGCUACCAGAUCUGCGAUUUUUAAGUAUCCAUUUAGUGUAAACGAAAUACCUUUUAAAAUAAGACAUACAUAUCUGGUAUUGAUUAUAACAGUCAUGUCACACUGAGCUGUGUUUCAUUUCAAACCAUGUCCAGUAAGAGAUGCGUGUUGACGAUGAUGAUCAGACAUACAAAUGUGACAAUGUGUUCGAAGUUUAAGAUAGGCCAGGUAAAGAGACAUAUGUCAUCCGGUGCUCUGCAGUUACAGGGGAUACAAUCAUGCCUCACCAACUCUGAUAUUCAUAGAGGCUGUCAAAGAAGACAGUUCAGUUUGCAAAGAUCACACAACCCUUCCGAUAUAAUUAAAACAGGUCCUCCAUUACUACACAGAAAUUGUGUCCGCACACUGUACAGCCUAGUGCAGCCCCAGAAAGUAAGCAGUGUCAGCCAUGUUCCUGAGCACAUCAAGAGGCCUAUGUAUGUACAGACAGGGAGUGUUCCUGCGGCCAGCAAGCCGAUUCCUCUGAAGACCCAGACACAGGUAGAGGGGAUGAAGGCUGCAUGCUCCCUCGCUAGCAGCAUCCUCGCUAAGGCUGGAGAAGCCAUCCGGGUGGGUGUGACAACAGAUGAAAUUGACCAACUUGUCCACAGACUGGCAAUAGAGAACAGUGCAUAUCCAUCUCCGCUGUUGUACAAGGGCUUUCCCAAGUCUGUGUGUACCUCCGUCAACAACGUGGCUUGUCAUGGCAUCCCCGACAGCAGGCCCCUGAUGGACGGAGACAUCAUCAACGUUGAUGUGACAGUAUACUUGAAUGGUUACCAUGGUGACUGUUCCAACACAUAUCUAGUUGGUAACGUUGACAAGGGAGGUCAGCUGUUGGUUGAUGUUGCAAGGCGUUGCCGAGAUGCUGGGGUUGCUGUUUGUAAACCGGGUAUCCGAUUCUGUGAAAUUGGCAAUGCAAUCAGUUCUGCUGCUCACAGCGCUGGAUUCUCUGUGAUUCCUGAAUUCUGCGGACAUGGAAUAGGAGAAAACUUCCAUGAAAAGCCGGAUAUCCUCCACUUCGAGCAUCAUGACAAUGCUGUCAUGGCACCUAGGAUGACCUUCACUGUAGAGCCAAUUAUUUGUUCGGGGCAACCUGACUUCCGUAUCUUGGAGGAUGGGUGGACGGCCGUGACACUGGACAGCUGCCGGUCAGCCCAGUUUGAACACACAGUCCUGAUCACAGAGGAUGGAGCCCAGAUCCUAACACUGUGAUUACCAUCUGUUAUCACACACAUAACUAUGUGAUGUCUCGGGAAGGGGGAGGCGGUAUAUAACGAACCAGGUGACAGCGGGAGAGAGAAAGACAACGUGCAGCAUCCAGAUGGAUUGAACACACUUUCACCACAUG